GCACGUGUUCAGUUGCCGGUGGACCUUCGAGACUUACACAACGAUCUUCAUACCUACACAGAAAGAAGAAUAGGUUGAAAAAACCCGAAAAAAAAAAAUAAUGGCCAACUUGUUGAUAUUCCUGGCUGCACUGCUGGCGAUUCCUUCAUCCGGAAGCGUUUCAUCAUCUGCCAAGAAUAGAAGAGGUCGGCAAUGGGUAGGUGAACUGGAAGAUCAGAGCGGCUGUAGCUUUCCCGUCUCCGUCGGGCAGAACGGCACGAUGAGCAAUUCUCCGGUUGAACGAGUUUCCUUGUGCAAUUUCACGAUGAGUGGGCCGCUUGUCGACAGUGUAUAUCCCUGGCGAAAAGGAUUAGCCUCACUGAGCAACUGGCUCGGUGGCCCGGCUACAGAUGCUUCCAAUUCUUCCGACGGGGGAUACGCAUUUUUUGAAACUUCCUUUCUUCCCGGACAACAUCAGCAAUUACCUCGAGUUCAACCCAAGGCGUGGCUCAAGAGUCCCGUUUACCAGGCCACCACGCCUCACGGCUAUUGUCUCCGCUUUUCCUACAACAUUCAGGGUGUGAGCGCUUCCAAACUGAGACUAUUGCGCGUCCAAAUGGUGCCGACCCUUGAAGGUCACGGCGCCGCACCCAAGAAUUCUCCAGCAGCCACUACGCUUAUCGCCAACAGUAUUCUAAUGCCAUCGUUGUCAUCGAAUACGCAACAGAAAAGACAAGCCGAUGGAAAUUUGAUAUUCGCCUCGCCGUGGACGCCGUUUCGAAAGAUCCUUGUCAAUCAGACGGGAUGGCAGGAAGUCGUGGAUGAGAUUUGGUUGUCAUCCGACUCGACUCGAGGUGAAUGGCUGGAUGGUCACGUGACUUACAGUUCUCCGUAUCCACACGCCUUCAUCUUUGAAGCCGUACCCAAUUUGGCAUACUCACAAUAUCGCGGACACGUUGCCAUUGAUGAUAUUCAGUUCUCCAGUGGUCCAUGCGAAGCUGAAUGCGAAUUCAAUGUGGACUUUUGCCAAUGGUCUAACGACCCUGAUGGAGAUUUUGACUGGUCGCUGAGUCGAGGUUCAUUGUGGACGAAUACGGGGCCUUUGCGUGAUCAGCUUUCAUCGCAACACAAUUUCAAUUUUGGAGGAUAUGCUUUUAUCGAUUCGCGACAGCCGCAUUUUCCCGGUAGUCGUGCCUCGUUGACGAGCAAUAUUUUACCUGCCACGGCUAAUCAAGAAUCCGAUAACGCUCUUUGUUUCGUCUUUUGGGUGCACAUGUUUGGCGCAGGCAUCGGCAGCUUAAGAGUUCUUCAAAAGUCGAUCGCCAAUACUUCCGAUUCCUCAGAACAAGAAAUAUGGCAACUUUCCGGUCAAUCUGGCCCGCGUGAUUCGUGGUACAGGGCACAAGUUACUUUAGCUUCCUCGACGCCCUUUAAAGUUCGAUUGGAAGCGACGGUUGGCGAAUCUGGUUAUGGCGAUAUUGCAAUAGAUUCGCUCCGCAUUGAAAACGGAUCAUGUCCUGGAUUACCCGAGUGGGCGGUGAAUAGAGGCUUUGACUGUACGUUCCAAAAUGGCUUAUGUGGGUGGGUAUUAACCAAUAGCCGACCCGGAAUCACAUCCAUGUGGAUGCGAAAUAGCGCCGACAUCUUCUCAGGUCGUCCGGACGGUCAUUCGCAGCAGAACGUACUAUCUCAUUUGCCCAACAGCUACAUGUUGUUUGAUACUUACCUCAACGGACAUACGCCCGGAUCGCGCGGCUUUAUUUCGAGCGUUUUACAACGUAGCACCGAACAUCAUUGCCUGUCGUUUUGGUUUUACAUAGCCAGCGCUUCAGCCGCCCAUCCUCGACUGGGCGCACUUGAGGUGGUCUUGUAUGAACCAGUUGCGUCUAACAGAAGCGGCAACGAGACAAUCAAUGCCGCCAAGCACACUUCAGCGGUGUCGAGCACUUUGUGGCGCUUGGAGAAUCAUCAAGAGGAGAAGUGGCUCUCUGCUCAGGUGUCUUUCGUGCCCGCUUCCGGAGGAUACAUAAGCUUUGUCGGUAUACGAGGCGAAGGAUUACGUGGGAUUAUAGCCAUAGAUGAUGUUACGCUCUACCGGGGCCGUUGUCAAAUUUUGCCAGCGGACGCUGCCGUCAGCCCACUAGAUUGCAGUUUCGAUCAAAACUUUUGUAAAUGGAGCGUCGAUACCCAGCCUGUCAUUGCGGCCAGCAGUACCGAAGGUAUUACAACAGAGAAGCAAGUGGAAGCUGCGGUAACAACGGAGAAGCAAGUGGAGGCUGCGGUAACAACAGAGAAGCAAGUGGAGGCUGCGGUAACAACGGAGAAGCAAGUGGAGGCUGUGGUAACAACGGAGAAGCAAGUGGAUGCUGCCAUCACAACAGAGAAACUAAUGGAAAUUACGGUCACAACGGAGAAGCAAAUGGAAAUUGUGAUUACAACCGAGAAGCAAAUGGAAGCUUCAGCCACAACUGAGAAACCAAUGGAAGUUUUCAUCACAACAGAAAUACCGCCAACCACAAAUACCUCUUCUUUGGAUUCAAAGAUCAAAUCGACACCUGUAAAUGAAGAACAGCCCAUUGUAUUUCCGGUCUACGACGAGCAAGUCACCACAGAAGAUUCCAUUUCAAUGACGACCGCUGAUGUCGUUACCACAUCGACUGGCAUUGCCGAGUUGAUUGAAUUGAUUUCGCUCCAAUCAUCACCGUCUGCAACAGAAGCAAGACACAAUUCUGUUCAGACUAGCGCAUCGAUAUUGAUCAGUGAUGUGUCUCCAGAAGUCAGAACAUCAACGGAAAUUGAAAGUUCCAACAGUUCAGCUGUUUCGAUUCCAUCUUCGACGCCAUCCACCACAAUAGUGGCGGCGACAACGGCCAUACAAGCAUCAACAGCAGGAGCAUCAAUGACAGGCAGUGAAACGAAAGCAGUUCCAACGCCGUCAGCCACAAGCCCGUCGAUAGUAAUCAAGACAGCGUCUGAUAAUGUCAACAAGGAUAGCGCCGUGAGGGGAGUCUCUGGUCUCUACGACGAGAUCACGUCGUUUGGCGGUAACACAAUCGAAGUUAUAAGUACAAGCCGUGACGGAGCCACUAAAUCGAUCAUCAUCAGCCAACCGGUGCGCAAUCGGUUCCGACGCUCUGGUAAAUGGAUUGGUUACAACCAUCCGCGCAAUUCAAGGAUCGUUAAUUACCGGAGAGCUCAAAGUUCUUCAGCGGAAGAAGGUGUUUGGAAACGUGCAAAGCCCGUCCCGUUUUGGCUCCGGUCACGUCAUCCAUCCGUUGAUGAUGAACAAAUCACUCCCGUAUCUGCACACCAAACGUUUACGUCACAGCGAACGUCACCGCCUAAACUAUUUGCCUUUUCUAACGCCCCGAGAUCUCCAGGCAAUGAGCCGCUUUCUCCCCAAUCUGGGAAGUCCAACAGUUCUGAAUCUCUCGUCAACGAAAACCCUCAAUGGCUAUUAUCGGGCCCUUCAUCGUCCCUUUAUGGCGUACGUGACCACACGCUUCAGCUAGCAGACGGUGGAUACGUUUACAUGGAGGGUAAAGGGAAAUCGAGCGCGAGUCGGCUAUUUUCUCCGCCAUUCCCUGGCAACGCAACAUAUUGCCUGUCGUUUUUCUUCACUAUGGCUUACAACAGCCCCAACUCUACUUUGACUGUUUAUCGGCUCAGCGAGGGUCCAUUAAACGAGUUGUGGAGGGUUACUGCGGCGGCGAUCGAUCGAUCCGGCAACCGGAACAAGUCACCCUGGAUACCUGCCCGUGUCCCUAUUCCAACAGUCGGAGAAGCCGAUCAAUCUCUCGUCAUUGAAGGAUCAACAGAUAGCGGCGGAAUCGGACUCGAUGACAUCCGCUUUAGACAAGUGCCUUGUUCAAUUCGUCCCUGAAGAGCUAAUCAACACGUGUUCCUAAUUUAUAUUUUGCAAAACUUUUUGUUAAUCAUCUCUGCAUGUUUUGCUUCACUCUUGUUCGAAACUACACAGAAAAAUACUAAAACAA